UCAGAGACAAAGGCCAUCUCCUCCUCCCUUAUUUCUCUCUCCCUCUUUCUGACUUUCUUUAGCUUGUCUUGUCUUGGCAGUGCAUCUCCUCUCUCUCUCUCUCUCUCUCUGGUUUUUUUAUUUCUUUCAAACUAAAAAACCACCCCAUGUGCUUCUCUUUUGGGUUUGCUUUUGAUGAACUGCAAGAAGGGAAACACAAAUUAAAGAAAGAAAAAGAAGAAUCUUAUAUUCUAUCUUGCUUCGCUUAACUUCAAGAAAGAAACUCUCCUUCCUCACCACAUGCAAUCCUCUUCCCACUAUAACUAGCUUAUUAUUACCCACUCUCUUUAACUUUAUUUUCUUUUUCCUCUUUUCUAGCUGAGUGAACUCUUUCAUUCACGAACACCACUGAAGAAAUGACCAAAGAAGAGGACUUUAAGCUCCUCAAGAUCCAGACUUAUGUUCUCAAAGUGAACAUACAUUGUGAUGGGUGUAAGCAGAAAGUAAAGAAACUCCUUCAGAGGAUUGAAGGUGUUUACCAAGUAAGCAUAGAUGGAGAGCAACAGAAGGUCACAGUAUCAGGAAGUGUAGACUCUGCAACUUUGAUUAAGAAACUAGUCAGAGCUGGUAAACAUGCAGAGAUUUGGUCCCAAAAGUCCAACCAAAACCAAAAGCAGAAGAACAACUGCAUUAAAGAUGACAAGAACAACAAAGGCCCAAAGCAAGGCAUAAUCAAAGGCCUAGAAGCCUUAAAGAACCAGCAGAAGUUCCCUGCAUUCAGCUCUGAAGAAGAUGAUGACUAUUUAGACGAUAUUGAUGAAGAAGAUGAGGAGGAUGAGCUCAGGUUUCUCGGGCCAAGCAAUCUUGGUCUACUCAGGCAGCAUAUUGAGGCAAGCAAUGCAAAGAAAAAUGUUAGAGUCAUGGCAGCAGCUCCCAACAAUGGUAAUAAGAUGAACAACAAUGUUGGGAAUGGGAAUGCCCAAAAGAAAGGAAAUCCAAACCCAAAUCAGAACAUGGUAAUGAAGGUCAAUCCAGGUGGGAUAGAUCAAAAAGCCAUGGCAACUUUUAAAAUGAAUAAUGCCCAAUUAGGAGGUGGAAACAUAAAUGCUGGGGAAGGAAGAAGCGCAAAUGACAUUGCAACCAUGAUGAACCUUGCUGGUCUUCAUGGAAAUGGUGCUAGUAUUGCUAAUUCAGCUGCUGCUGCCUCUUCUUUAGGAGGCAAUCCCAAUGGUUUAGGAGGGUUUCAACAACUUCAAUCUAAUAUGGGGUAUCAAGGAUCAUCUGCAGGAGGCCUUCCUAGUGGUGGAUAUGCAACAGGGCAACAUCCAUCAUCUAUGCUGAUGAGCAUGAAUGGAUACAACCAUCCAGCAGCAGCAGCAUCCAUGAUGAUGAACAUGCAAAACAGGCAUAUAAUGCAGCAGCAGCAACCUCAACCUCAGAUGAUGUAUCACAGGUCUACUUUUGUUCCACCUAACACUGGCUAUUACUAUAACUACAGCCCUGGACCAUAUCCUUACACUGAGCAACCCAACUACAGUGGGGGUAACUCUGCAGCUACCCACAUGUUCAAUGAUGAAAACACUAGCAGCUGUUCAAUAAUGUAACUGAGAAAAUAGGAAUUCCCUCCACUGAAAAAAAAAGUAUGGUGGUUUUACUUGAAAAAUGUAAGUUUAGUGGAGUUAGUGGGGUUUGGACAGUAUUCUCUGUUUGAUGUCCUGGAUGAAAAGAGGUGUAGGGAUGGGAUGUAUUGGUGAAUCUUAUCAGUGUAUUGUGUAGUUGUUAGGAGGAUGUUUGUUUUUUUUCCUUUUUUAUUAGUCCAACUCUGUCUCCUUGUUUUUUCUUUGUUUCAAGACAAGACUUUUUUUUGUGGUUUGCAAACCGCACAUUACUAGUAAAUAAACAAAAGGGAGUGAUUACCAUAUAAAAAAA